CACACACUGGCACCGGCUGCCGUCCUCUCACCUCCUCUUCUCUCAGCCCAGAGCAGGAGUGCGCGGGCUACCCCUCCGCCGUUGCCCAACCUCACCGUUCACCGUCAUGAACUCUACCGCGGCACCCACACUCUCCAUGCUCAGCCAGGCGCAGGUACACUACCUCUCUACGAACCGACCAUUCUACUACAGCCCCCAUGCUCACCUCUUCGACUGGUGCCCGGACCACAUGCUCGCGCUUGCAGCCCCUGUCAUUGCUUACUGGGUCUCCUCCGUCUUCUUCCACAUCCUCGACAUUUCCGAGUGGAAAUGGCUCGACAAGUAUCGUAUCCACGAGUCAGCCGAGGUCAAGUCUCGCAAUCUUGUCACCCGCAGCGAGGUCAUUCGCGCCGUGGUCCUCCAGCAGAUCGUGCAGACCGAGAAGCCAUCGGGUGCGUUGGUAGACCAUGUCGGUGCCAUCUUGCGUCUGGAGCCCACGCUCGCGCGCAUCCUCACCUGGACAUUGGGUGAGAAAUGGGCGCACGGCUCUCGACCACGACGGCGCGCAGCUGCUCUACGAGCGUAUUGGUGGGCCAACCCAGUCGCCAGGUUCUUCUUCGGCAUGUUCCUAAUCGACACAUGGCAGUACUUUCUCCACCGCGCGAUGCACGUGAACCGCUGGCUCUAUAAGCAGUUCCACUCCGUGCACCACCGACUGUACGUCCCCUACGCGUUCGGCGCGCUGUACAACCACCCUAAUGUAGCUGGCAUGACGACGCGCGAGGCCGCGCUGCUCUUCCUCAUAUCGAGCCUGAAGACCGUGGACGACCAUUGCGGGUACAGCUUGCCCUUCGACCCGUUGCAGCUCCUCACGAGCAACAACGCAGACUAUCAUGACAUUCAUCAUCAGGUCAUCGGUAUCAAAUCGAAUUUCGCUCAGCCGUUCUUUGUUCACUGGGACUACUUCCUUGGCACGAGGAUGACCCGCCAAGACAUCGAGCAACGUCGCCAGAAACAGAAGAAGGCAUCGUAGGCGCACAAGCUACGUCAUGCGGCUGCUACGACUUCCUUUCGGUUCAUGACUGUAGUAAUUAGUUUGUAUUCGUAUCUCACCUUAGUCUACUUCCACGGUCUAUAGCCUUCGCACUAGUUACGUAGUUAUUCCAUCACGAUUUGUUUAUAUUGUGUCUUGGAUAUUCACCCCUCAUUACGUUGUAGAGACGGCACCGUGUUGAUGACUCCUCAUGUUCUAGUACGAUAGAUUAAACAUGACGGUUGUCAAUGCGCCCAGACGAUGAAAAUGAUGAGUACGAGCAGCG